AUAUAUAUAUAACAAUCCAGAGAAUGAAAAUUUACAUAUUAUCUUGAGACCAGAAGAAAAAACUCAUGGAGAAGAUGACCGAACCUUCCAAACAGACAACAACAGAAGAAUCAGCAAAUCCAGAACCAGACCAAAUCUUGAGUCCAAGAAGAUCGUUGCAGCUAAAUCAAAAGAAAUGGUGGAUCUCUGUUUUAUUAUAUCUUUUUUUAGUCUUGCUCGGAGAUUCUCUCGUCAUGCUUCUCUUGAACUUCUUCUAUGUUCAAGACAACCGAGAAGAGAGUGACCAAGAUCUACAAUACAAAGGAACAUGGUUGCAAGCUCUUGUCCAAAACGCUGCGUUUCCAAUCCUUAUCCCUCUCUUUUUCAUUUUCCCUUCACCAAAACCUAACCAGGAAACCAACAAUACUCGUUUCCUCUCAUUUCGUCUCAUCUUCCUAUACGUUGUUCUUGGUGUUCUUGUCGCUGCUCACAGCAAAUUGUUUGCACUCGGGAAGUUAUACGCAAACUAUGGCGUCUUCACUCUGAUUUCGGCGACUCAGUUGAUCUUUACCACGAUUUUCACAGCCUUAAUUAACCGUUUCAAGUUUACCAGGUGGAUUAUCUUAUCGAUAAUCACCACCAUUUUGAUUUAUGUUUUCGGUAGUCCUGAAUUUGGAGGAGAGCCUGAUGAAAACGAAGAAUUCUACAACAUCCAAGCUUGGUUAACUUUUUCUGGUUCUGUUGCUUUCGCGCUAUCGCUCUGUUUGAUCCAACUCGGGUUUGAGAAGUUAUUGGUGAAGACAAAAAGAUAUGGUAACAAGAAAGUGUUUAGUAUGGUCUUGGAGAUGCAAAUAUGCGUCUCUUUUGUCGCCUCGGUUGUUUGUCUCGUGGGUUUGUUUGCGAGUGGCGAGUAUAAAGAACUGAAAGGCGAUAGCGAAAGGUUUAAGAAAGGAGAAACGUAUUACGUUCUGAGUUUGAUCGGGUUGGCUUUGUCGUGGCAGGUUUGGGCGGUCGGGCUGAUAGGUUUGGUGCUCUAUGUUUCCGGUGUGUUUGGUGAUGUCGUUCAUAUGUGCACUUCACCACUUGUGGCUUUGUUUGUUGUGUUGGCAUUCGAUUUUAUGGAUGAUGAGUUUAGUUGGCCUAGAAUUGGUACUCUGAUAGCAACAGUUGUGGCCUUAGGAUCUUACUUCUACACUCUCCACAAGAGAAACAAGGCGAAGAUGGUGGAACUUUACCAAAGAGAGAACAAUAUUGAAGUUUAGUCUCUCAUGUCAAAUGUUUGUUUCUGUUUCAAAAUAUGUUCUUGUUCUCCUGAAUCCAAAACAUGUUGUAUUGAUCUGAAAUUUGUGUAAUAUAUUUGUUAAUUGUUCUAUUUAGUUUGAUUUUUAUUUUUAUUUA